AUGCCCCGCGACCGCCGCGAGACAUCCAUCUCCACCAUCGCCGAGACCCGUCAGUCCUCGGUCCUCAGUCCGAACGGCAAGGGCUCGCACCGCAGCCGCCGUGAGACCUCAAUCUCUAUCGCCGGAGACUCCCACUCCUCAGUCCGCAGCCGUGCGGCCUCCUCCGUCUCAACCAUCGCCGGAGACCGUCGAUCCUCGACCCUCAGCUCCACCAGCAAGAGCACGCAUGGUAGCAGCCGCGAGAUAUCCUCCGCGACGUGGGCCGAGUGUCGAGCCUUGGUGCGCAAGCUAGAGGACGGGCAAGCCUCCGGCGUCAGUGCGAGCACCAAGGGCGCAGACCGUAGCCGCCGCGACACCUCCCUCUCAACCGUCGCGGGAGAUUCCAGGCUGUCGGUUCACAGCCUGAGCACAAAGGGCGCACAGCACAGCAGCGGACGUGGGAGCUCCCUCUCAACCUCCGUUGCGGACUGCCAAGCCUCUGUCCGCAGUCUGACCAUCAAGGACAACUUCCACCCCGACUUCAACAAUGAGGGAGACCUGACCAUCACUUGUCGUGGGCCCGAGGGUAAAGUGGCCUUUCAAGUCAACUCCAACAUCCUCAUGCUGUCAAGCUCGACCUUUGACACCCUCCUCAAGGACAAGCCCACCACCCUCAGGCUCCAAGAACUCCCCGAGACCGUGGCGCUCCUCCUCCGACUCAUGCAUGUCGGCCACCCCCGCUUCGCCAACAAGACCCUCAAGCUCAAGCUGUCCCACGUCGAAUCCCUCAACGGCAUGUUGACGCGCUAUGCCGUAUCCCGCCCGAUCCGCGACCUGUUCACGCGCCAUGUCGAGUCCAGCGCGCCCGAUUUCCCCAAGGAGCUCGGCACCAAGCCCACCAAGGAGGCCGUGUUCAAGUACCUUCUUCUGGGCCAGAAACUCAAGUCGGCGGCCAUGUGGGAUGCGGCGUGGACGACAUCCAUGCGCGGCGGUGGCUGGGAGAUUGUGCACUCCCCCUAUGGGCUGUGUACCGAGGACCGCGAGAGGUACCCUGACAUUGCUGCACUGCUCCUCCUGGCCGCACAGGUCAUUGGCGAUUCACCAUCGCGCGACAGGCCCAUUUCCUUUUCGUUCGACCCCCUGCUGGUUUGA